CGGUUAAAUGACAUCAUAUGCGCGCCAACAUAACAUACGGUACAUGUGGAACUGUGGGGCUGAAUUGUACAUUAUUUAGAUGUUAGUAUAAAGUCUUGGUUUGUCUGACUGUCUAUGGUUGGACAUCCGAGCGAUGACGCACUUUUAAGAGGUUUCGUACUUGGUGAAAUUAUAAAGAAGAACUCUGCUGUUAAAUGCUGCCAGUUAGCUUCCUGCAAAGAGCAGCCGAGACGCUAGCAUCAGCAGCUAGUAGAGAGAGCAGCGUUAGCGUUAGCCGGCAGACGUCCACCUGUCUCUUCACUCAUGGCUGAUGAUGGAGUGAGAGGAGAAGCCUCAGCCCAGCAGGAGAAGGAGAAGGAGAAGGAGAAUGGAGCUAACAGGAGCAGCCAGGAGACGGAGACGGAGAGCAGUAAGAAUGGAGACAAUGCAGCAGAAAACCAAACGCUGUCCAAAAGGCAACAGAAGAAGCUCCUCAAACAGCAGAAAUGGGAAGAAGAGAGAGAACUGCGAAAGCAGAAACGGAAGGAGAGGAAGCAGCAGCGUCGGCUGCAGAGGCACAACCAUCAGGAGGAGCAGGGAGGAGAGGCCCAACACGUGAGGAAACGCCCCCGCAGAGAGGUGACGCCCAGCUCCCUGAGGCUGGUGGUGGACUGCAGCUUCGACAGCCUCAUGCUGACCAAGGAUGUCCAGAAGCUUCACAAACAGAUCCAGCGCUGCUAUGCUGAGAACAGACGAGCCUUGCAUCCAGUGCAGGUUUAUCUGACCAGCCUGGGAGGACAGCUGAAACAGAGCAUGGAUGAGAAGGACAAAGGAUGGGUGAACUGGAAGGACAUCAGCAUUAAAACGGAGCACUACAGUGAAGUUGUGGCGAAGGAGGAGCUGGUGUACCUGACGUCAGACUCUCCCAACGUGCUGGAGGAGCUGGACCACAAAAAGGCCUACGUGAUCGGAGGCCUGGUGGACCACAACCACCAUAAGGGGAUUACUUUUGAGAGGGCGAAGGAGCUGGGGAUCCAUCACGCUCAGCUUCCUCUGAGCAGUUUUGUCAAGAUGAACAGUCGGAAGGUUCUGGCAGUCAAUCACGUGUUUGAGAUCAUCCUGGCCUACUUGGAGAAGGGCAGCUGGCAGGAGGCCUUCUUCACCGUCCUGCCUCAAAGGAAAGGCGCGGUGGCCGUCGACCAGGAGAAAGAAGAGGAGGAGUCCGACUCUGACCCUGGGCCCUGACACACCAGACCAAACUGAGAAAAGAGCCCAAAACUUUGUUCAAAUGGACAACUUCAAGCAAAGCUGAUUCCUGGGGAAACAUCUGAAUAUAUAUGUAUAUGUAUGAAAGAGGGAUGUGUUAACAAAGCAUCCGUUUCUUUGAAAUUUCAAACUGCUUUUUUUUUUUUAAACCAGCUAUUUAUUGAAAUGUUUACUUUGUGCCUCCUGUAAUGGCUAUUAACUUAGUUGAACAGCUAAUGGAAAGUUCAGUUUUGCUACAAUUAUUGGCAGAAUAUAUGUUGUUAUUAUUCCAGAAAAUGUUUUUUUUCUUUUAGCAAGAAGCUCAAGCUGUCAGCCUGGUGCUUAAUCUAUUCAUUUAAAAGUUUUAAAGCAGGAUAAAGUCCAAACAUGAGCAUUAUUGUCACUGGCCCCGGAAUUUGUGGAAAAGAUUUAAAUUAAAGAGAGUAUAGUCACAAUAGAAGAAAUGGAAGCUCCUCCACACAGUGGCUAGUAACCAAGGAGGACAUGGAGGAUUAAAAAACAUGAUGGAGUCUUCAGAAGAGGUCAUUAUCUUCACUGGAGCUCCUGCAGGGGAAAGUCAGCGGACGCCACAAUCUUCUGAACACAGUCACACUGAGAAAUCCAGAGAGAGUUGUGUGGAGCUGAUAGUCUUAAUUAGCUUUGUAGCAACUCAUUUGGCAACGGCUUGAAUGUAACGGACGUUCAUUAAUAUCAAAAAAGUUCCGCACUAAAGAUUUAAAAUGAAUUUGACACAUUCUAUGUAGAGGUUGGGGGAAUAUUCUAGAUAGAAGUUGGAGGGUAGCUAAGGACAGAGGUAAACAAAAGUGUAGAAAAUCUUCAGCCAAUGGAAAAAA